CUUUGUUUCAAACUCAGUUUUGCAGGUCACCUCGGAUAGAGUUGUCAGAGUGUUAUCGGUGCCAGCAGGGUGCAUCGAUGAUUCAUCACCACGUUCUGUCUGUUGAAGGUUUCCUCAUGCGGCAGACCUAAUCCAACAGCCCGAGUAUAUGAUCUCCUGAUAUGCCCCAAGAUCGCCCUUACGCACCUUCACCAGGCACACGAUGAUACCCACCCUCUUUACACCCAUCCAAGUGGGCCACUUGAGAAUCAGCCAUCGUAUCGUCCUCGCUCCCCUCACUCGUUUUUGCACUUACCCCACCCACAUCCCCGGGCCCUAUGCAGCCACCUACUACGCACAACGUGCAUCCGUCCCGGGGACACCCCUCGUCUCAGAAGCGACCAUCGUCUCCCAGGCCGCUGAUGGGAGGGACUUCGUCCCAGGGAUAUAUACACAGGAACAGGUAGAAGGAUGGAAAAGGGUCACCGAUGCUGUACACGAGAAGGGUAGCUUUAUAUUUUGCCAACUGUGGGCACACGGGAGAGCUGCAUUCCCAGAUGUUCUUGCCAAGGAGAAUAACUCCCCGCUUGUAUCUGCCUCUUCCAUCCCACUUUCCAUCCGUCCUACUGCGGUCCUGCACGCACUCACAGAGCCCGAGAUAAAAUCAUACAUUGCCAGCUUCGCCACUGGUGCCAGGAAUGCCAUCGCAGCAGGCUUCGAUGGCGUCGAAAUUCAUGGUGCAAACGGAUAUCUCAUCGAUCAGUUCUUGCAAGAGGUGAGCAACACCCGCGAGGAUGGAUGGGGCGGGAGUAUCGAGAAGAGAGCAAGAUUUGCGUAGAGGUUGUUGAUGCGCUUGUCAAAUAAAUUGGUGCUGAGAGGGUUGGCAUCAGAUUAAGUCCAUGGAGUCCGUUUCAAGACAUGGGCCUCCCCGAUCCAAAACCACAAUUCUCGACAGACUGCA